AUGUUCCUCAAGUUCCCGCGGCGCUCCGCUUUCUCUGGAGCUGGAGGAGGAAAUGACAUUCAAUGGUGUUUUUCUCAGGUGAAAGGCGCUGUAGAUGAUGAUGUAGCGGAAGCGGAUAUAAUUUCUACAGUAGAAUUUAACCAUUCUGGAGAGUUGUUAGCGACAGGAGACAAAGGAGGUAGAGUUGUCAUCUUCCAGCAGGAGCAGGAGAACAAAACCCAGUCUCACAGUAGGGGAGAAUACAAUGUUUACAGUACCUUUCAAAGCCAUGAACCAGAGUUUGACUACUUGAAAAGUUUAGAAAUUGAAGAGAAGAUCAACAAAAUUAGGUGGUUACCCCAGAAAAAUGCUGCUCAGUUUUUAUUGUCUACAAAUGAUAAAACAAUAAAGUUAUGGAAAAUCAGUGAAAGGGACAAAAGACCAGAGGGUUAUAAUUUAAAGGAAGAAGAUGGACGGUAUAGGGAUCCUACUACAGUUACAACACUACGGGUGCCAGUCUUCAGGCCCAUGGACCUCAUGGUUGAAGCUAGUCCACGAAGAAUAUUUGCCAAUGCUCACACGUAUCACAUCAAUUCCAUCUCCAUUAAUAGCGAUUACGAAACAUACUUAUCCGCAGAUGACUUGCGGAUUAACCUGUGGCACCUAGAAAUAACAGACAGAAGUUUUAAUAUUGUAGAUAUUAAGCCUGCCAACAUGGAAGAGCUGACGGAGGUGAUAACGGCUGCGGAGUUCCACCCAAACAGCUGUAACACGUUCGUGUACAGCAGCAGUAAAGGAACGAUUCGCCUCUGUGAUAUGAGAGCGUCAGCACUCUGUGACAGACACUCGAAAUUGUUUGAAGAACCAGAAGACCCUAGCAACAGAUCAUUUUUCUCUGAAAUCAUCUCUUCCAUAUCUGAUGUCAAAUUUAGCCAUAGUGGUCGAUAUAUGAUGACUAGAGAUUACCUGUCAGUGAAGAUCUGGGAUUUAAAUAUGGAAAAUAGACCUGUGGAAACAUACCAGGUGCACGAAUACCUCAGAAGUAAACUUUGUUCACUGUAUGAGAAUGAUUGCAUUUUUGACAAAUUUGAAUGCUGUUGGAAUGGCUCAGACAGCAUCGUCAUGACGGGAUCUUACAACAACUUCUUCAGGAUGUUUGACAGAAACACGAAGCGCGACAUCACCUUAGAGGCAUCCCGGGAAAACAACAAACCCCGUACCAUUUUGAAGCCGCGGAAGGUCUGCGCGAGCGGUAAGCGAAAGAAGGAUGAAAUUAGUGUUGACAGCCUAGACUUCAACAAGAAGAUCCUGCACACAGCCUGGCAUCCUAAAGAGAACAUCAUUGCUGUAGCUACUACAAACAACUUGUAUAUAUUUCAAGACAAAAUGAAUUAGGGUUGGCAUUCCUAACUGAAGAGUCCACUUCCUGCAUAGUUGAAAUAGUUGAAUCUAGCAUUUGUACCUGUAAACAAGAGAGAAUGAGGUCCAUUAUGGCACCCCUUUCCAGUGUUUAAAAAUGUGCCAUAUGACAACACACUUUUAUAGCUACAUGGAGAAAGCUCUGUUGAUCCCUCACUCUGUGCUUCUCCAUGUCUGCUAGCCAUUUAGGUGAGGAUAGGGCACUUUUUAAUUUAAAUGACUACUUGCACCAUCUUGCCUAAUGGACUAGAUUGGACUGUAUCGACAUCGGUUUACUCCACUUUUUAUGCCUUCCAUUGUGAUGACGUCAGACACAGGGAAAGCCUUCAAUCAUGCUAUGGGAUUUAAUUGUGUAACCUCAUUACUGUAUCAUUCGUGGCCCCCUUUUUUUAUUAAAUACAGCUCAUCCUUGCUGUGGCUUGUAGCAUUUCUGCUCAAACUUCUGGCCUCCUGGACUCCCCCCUUUCCCUUUCAUCCCCCUCCACCUAGCCUUGGUGGUGGUGUCUAGAAAAAAAACAAAACAAAAAAACAACAAAAUAAAGCACAUGAAAUGGGUCCGUUUGGGGUCAGUGGUAAAGGGGGGCUGUGUUGCAACCAAUGUUCUAAUAAGCAGUUGACUGUAAUCACUCCUUGCCAUGCCUGGCACCAAAAAAGAGAAAAUAAGGAAAAACAAACAAACUACUGAAUAAAAGUGACAAAGAAUGGA